AUGGAACCCUCAUCCGAACGACUCGACUUUGUCUCUUCAAUCGAGAUCGGCCAGCCUUCUAGGGCGGUGACCAGUCGAGUCCAAGCGCGUUCCUUCACGGCCGUCCAGCUCAACAGCCAUUCUGAAUCGCUCCGACAGUUUGAACAGGUCUUUGACGAUGCCGGAAUCCGCCAUCUCGUAAAGACCAUUUGCUACGAUGUCCUUCUCCCGAGCACCAGCGACAAGAGGCUGCAGAACAAGUUCCAGUCCACCCGUGAGGCCGCCACCAACUCUGCAGCCUUCACGCGCGCUGUACUCGCCCUCUUCACCAGCCUCAGCUCAUGGCAGAGGAAGGACUCGCAGGGGAACGAAGGGAUUCGGCUCUCUCUGACAGCCACGUCGCCCUCGGAAGAUAUAGAGCGACGCAAUGGGAGCGUGACCGUCAAGAGGGGCCGGAAUUUCUACCGAUACUUGGAUAUCGACGCCAAACUAUUGCCUUCCGGCCGUCUUCCUUCUGUCGCCUGCGUCUCCCUCGCUGAGCCUCCGGCCGCCUAUCACAUGGCGACUGUCGUGCCUUCUCUCCAACAUGCCUCAUGUGAGUUUUACAUGCCCAAACUCCACCUCUCUCAGACCCGACAGGGGUUUCGAGCGGCGCUCGCCCAGACGCUCCUCGACCCCUCGUUCACGUCUCUUGCAACGCUCGAGAUUCUACUCUCGGACAGCGACCCAGAGAACGAGCUGGCGCAGCCCGAAGAGUACGUUGGUGACGACGGCGAGGACGACUUGAGCCGUGGUCUGGCCAGGAUUUCCGGGCUCACGACCAUGACGUCGAUUACUCUCCGCGGGAAAUGGAUUCUAUACCCACGGGCAUUUCCAUCUCAAGGAUUUGGUCCUAGGCUGAGCUUCUACUUUGUCGAGGUCUCACUCGUGACUCCUGACGGCAAGUGGCUGUUUGACGAUGCCAACCCUGACUAUGAAGCGUCCGAACCCGAGGAUGUGACGACAUCGAACGAAGACGGCCCUGCUGACGUGGACUCGGAAGACUCGGAUGCCGCUGAUUCUAUCUCAAGGUCCCUGGCCACGGCGAAUUUGGAUCGUCCCUCGAAGCAGGUACGUGGUGUCCCGAGCCCAGAGACGUUCACGCCGCUCGUCGCCUCUUUCGCCAGAGCCGUCGCGGGGGCAGACGUGCCGCGGCGUGCCGAGAUGCACAUUCACGGAGUGCUCGCGAUGGUCGACGUCGGCUACAUCGGCGUCGGCGAGGAGGAGCGGACCGCCUUUCUCAACUGGCCUGCCUCGGCCCGCCGAGCCAUAAAGGAGGGGCCCGUGGAGAAGGCGACCUGGUAUCUUGACGCGUCUGGAGAGGGUUCGGCCGUGCGGUGGAAGCUUCCGGCGCAGAUUCGCGCGGCCAUGGAAGACGGGGUGGGCGAGGGCAACAUCAAGACGUCAACGCCGGAGGGCGAGAUGGAGAUGGAGUAG